CAGAAUCAGCUUUAAUGGUCAAGUGUGUCAAAACACACUAGGAUUUUUUUCCCAGGCGUAUGUUCUCCUUCCCCAAGAACCAGACCUGACCCCUUGAUGGGCCAGUUCCGGCCCCCCGGGCUUUAUAUUUGGCACCUAUCGCUAUCGGUAAUUGUAAACCACGUUAGAGGCCUGUCAAUGACUGCGUGUCCGCCGCUUGCGUCUGCAGAAAACGUGCCGGUGGAGUUGCGGGAGCCGCUCUACCAGGACCAGUACGAGCAAGAGCACCUCAAGCCGGCCGUCUCCAAGCUGCUCCUCUCCCCGGAGACCUACUGCCGAGCUCAGGCCCUGCUGCUCCGGGCCCGGGGGGCCUCGGCCUCGCAGGACGCCCCCUCCGACAACUGCGCCCUGCUGCAGUUCCUCACCAAGAAAGGCGCGGCCCCGCAGGUCCGGGAUGCGGACGUCAGCGAGGACGACCUCAGCUGCACCCCCAUCAAGAUGAAAGCCCACCUGGCCUUGAUGGACUCGCUGAUGUCGCUGGCCGCCAGGGAGAUCGUGGACAGGGUGAAAAUGGCGGCCGAGGCCGAGCAGAUGGGCGUCGGGGCGCCGUGGGAGAACGCCCUCCUCUUCUGGGUCAACAGGCUGAACCAGAAUCUGAGAGAAAGCACCGAGGAAGACGAGAUGCCGAAGCAGUCGCAGCCGAGCGCUGACCCCCAACCCUCGCAGGAAACGGGGGCGCCCACCCGCUGGUACUGGAAGCUGGUCCCCCAUGCUAUCGCUUUUUGUUUGAAGGAGUCGGGGAACAAACCGCCAGUGAUCCGCUACAGGAAGGACAAAGUGCAGUCCAAGCUGACUCCCACCUUCCCGUUGGUCUCCGCGGUCAAAGAUCUGUCGAACGGCUGCGCUAUCGCUGCCGUGCUGCACUUCUACUGCCCCGGCUUGAUACCUCUGGAGGAUGUCUGCCUGAAGGACACCAUGUCGUUGGCUGACAGCCUCUACAACCUGCAGCUGAUUAAAGAGUUUUGUGAGAGCAGUUUGCAGGGAUGCUGCCUGCUCCCCCUGGAGGACCUUCUCUAUGCGCCGCCGCUUCUGCACCUGAACAUCAUGAACUUCGUCGCUGAGCUGCUGGAGUGGUUUGAGAUUAAGAAGCCGGAUUUCGUUCAACCCAUCCAAGCCAUUGACCUGACAGAUGUCUCCGGUCUCGUGUUCUGUACCAGUCCUGUCAGCGGGAACAGCAACAGCGGGUCUCCUUUGUUCGUCCUCAAGCAGCCUUUUGUGACCGUGCCCUCCCCAGUAUCACCAGAAAACAAAAGCUGGACAAAGAAACAAAUCAGUCGUCCUCUGUCCGCAGUGACUUUCAGCAUCCCAUUCGGGCUGGACAGUGAUGUUGAUAUUGUCAUGGGCAACCCAAUAGAUUCUGUCUUUCGCUCUGUCAGCACGGACAGCCUGGGCGCCGCCAUCCCCGCAACGACCUCGCUGGCGGGGGUGACUCGCGUACCGUACAGCCCACCCGAGGACAUCAGCCACCUGGUCAGCGCCUCGGCACCGUCGCGGCGAACUUCUUGGGGGCCUUACAUGAACUCGGCCACUCUGGGAGAGCUCCUCACUGUUGAGGAGGCGUUACACGUGGCUCCCGGUGGUAAGGAUCGAAAGAAGGAAAGGACACCGGAGAAAGGGGGAAAGGCUGUUUUGAUAGCGAGACCAGAACCCAGGUUAUGUCCCGAAGGCGCCCCUGCUGGUUUCUUCCUGCACUCUCCGUUGGAAGACAAUCCUCAGCUCAGUAGCUCUGCCCCUUGCCGCUCGGGAGUCACUUACCGACCGGUUGGUGGAGAGGCAAGUAGCAAUGGCGGUAGAGUUGAGAGGAAAGAGAGGCCAUCGCGAGCAGCCGAUAUCUCACGUGACGAUGACUCGGUCCUGCGAGACGGCAGCGUUGACUCAUCGGAAGCAUCUGACGACACCCCAAGAAAUGCCCCUGGUAAUAUGCGACCCAGUAAAACUAAUCAGGGACCCUACCCCGCCAACAACAGCCCACGCAUGACAAGCUUUGCAGAGCGACGGGACAACAGAAGAAGACACCCUACAGCUUCUGGAGAAGACUUCACCACUACCCCGACAGCAACGACCCCGGGAACAUCCCACACACCCUGCACGCCGGCAGGGACUCCGAGUCAAGUGGACAGCCCGGGCCUCAAAGCCCCCGAACCGGGUUCAGAAGCCUGGGAGCUGGGAGCUCGUCUGGAGGAAAAACGCAAAAGCAUCGAAGCUCAAAAGAGACGAAUUGAGGCCAUCUUCGCCAAGCACAGACAGAGGCUGGGAAAAACAGCUUUCCUUAAAAUGAAACGAGAACAAGGAGAGGGUGAGGGAGAGGGAACAGACGAGGAUAACCUCUCUCUGGAGGAGCGUCUCACGAACAUGGAGGAGCAACUGAAAAGGGAAGAAGAGAAGGAAAGGACAGAAAAGAAGGCAGACCAGGAGAAAGCCAAGCCAUCAGUCUCGAAUCUGGAGAAACAGGUCACUUUCUCGAUUGACAGUAAGAAAGGACAAGAGAACGAAAAAGUGUUGGACAAAGAGAGAGGAGAAGAUGGCAUUCUUGUGGAAUACAAUGAAACCGUUCAGAAGCUGAGUGAAGCUUUGCAGUCACUGCAGAAGGACAUCCAGAAACUAACGGAACAGCAGCAACAGCUUCUGGGCAACCAAAGACCGAGAAGCUCACAGAAAGUCACCCCAAAGUCAAAACCCAAAAGUAACACUAAGGCACCGGCGAAAACCCCUCCUCCAACACCCACAAAGACGCCCCCAAGAACUCCGACCAAGAAUCCUGGCUUGAGCACCAGCAAAGCUUGGAUGAUUCCCACAGGACCCAAGACCUCCUCUGUGUCUUCACCAUCCCGAAGGACCCACGCUCUCUCUGCGGCGACUUCGCCAAAAACGAUUGUCUCCUCUUCCUGUCCCGCACCCCGCACCAAGAUCCACUUCUCGUCUGCUCCCCGCAGUCCCAAACACCAACCACGAACGCAACCUCACCCACGACCCUCGGAGCUCAAGUUCCCUCCCGUCAAUCGCGUUUUGAACCCAACUCACACCGUGGAUACACUCCCCCACUUGCGCAGAGUGUCGCCCAGCAAGUGUCAAGUGCAGACAACAUCAUCCUUCCGCAUCGGCGGCCUUCGAACUCCUCAGGAGAUUUCUCACCCUCCACCGCAACCUGAUGAUAGCACCUCGGACACAGCGUCCAGCGAGACACCAACCCAGUUUAGCCUGGAGCUUGAGCAGGACAAUGCCGAGGGAACCAUAGUCCCCAUACCGCCCCACCCAAGGGCCACCAGUGGCAGCAGCUCCGGAGCGCCCUCUGAAUGCUCUUUUGAGAGCGAGACUUUGUCAAUUUCUGCUGCAUGCAGCACAGGACAGAACCGAGACAGAGCCGGACUUGCGGAGAAGCAUUGCAGUUUGAUGGAGGUGUCACUCUCUUCCCUCGGACGACCGGAAGGAGCCGAUGAUGAACCGACGGAUGAGGGGCAGGACUUUUCUUCCGACUCCAUGAGUGAUCAACUAGAAUCUGCAGUGGAGCCCAGCAUUGUAAUCAGUUCUGAUAAUGCGGACCAGUUGGAUUCAGCCACAGAAGCUGGGAACUCUUCAGAUCCGCAAACGGAGUCCAGUGAAGGCCAGGCAAAGGCUGGAGAACUGCCUGGAGAAAACACUGAACCCGGAGCCAGAGUGGGCAUAGGAUUCUUCUUCAAGGAGGACGUAGACAAUGAAGAGGAAAUGGCCCAGCGGAAAGCUCUCCUUUUGGAGAGGCAGCAGAAGAGGGCCGAGGAGCUGAAAAGGAGGCGGCAAGAGCAAGAACGUGAAAAAAGGCAAGACCCGUUAGACAAACAAUGUCUUGAGUUGAAAACAAGGCAAAAACCGUUUCCUUCUUUCCUCAGAACGGAAUCUUCUUCUUCUCCCUCAAGCACGCCCCACGUCGGAACCGCCUCCCCGUCCGCCACUCCUCCGGCCACUCCGGCCCGACGGGGCGAUUUCACGCGAGCCGAGUACGCCCGCCGGCAGCAGCUCCGGAUUAUGGACGACCUGGACAAGGUGCUGCAGCGCAAAUCGACCGCCCAGGCCCGAUCGCCUGUGAGGAGGACGCGUGCGCGGCCUCGCAGCGCCACCAGGGUUGAAACCCAUCUAUCUCUGAGCCCCGCCAAGAAAGCCCCCGGGCCGAAGAUGACCAAGUCUCACUCGUCACUCAACCUGGCAGCUACUGAUGUGCCUGGGGAUAAGACAGUUCAAAGCCGACCCGAUUCACCCGCUGGAUGCGUGACGCCCAGCAGGCUCGGGAAGCACAACGGAGACUGGGAAACUGGUUCAAAUGGAACGUCACCUGCCCCAGAAUACACAGGUCCGAAGCUCUUCAAAGAACCGAGCUUCAAGUCCAAUAAGUUCAUCAUCCACAACGCUCUGUCUCGUUGCUGCUUGGCCGGGAAGGUCAACGAGUCCCAAAAGAACAAGAUUGUUGAGGAGAUGGAGAAGAGCCCCGCCCACCACUUCCUCAUCCUCUUCCGGGACGCCAGCUGCCAGUUCCGCGGCGUCUACACGGCCAACCCCGAUACGGCCGAACUCGCGCGCUUGACCGGGGUCGGGCCCAAGACGAUAAGCUCCGCCCAGGUGGAAUCCAUGUACAAGUACAGCUCGGACCGGAAGCAGUUCAGCGCCAUCCCCUCGAAGACCCUCGGCAUGAGCGUGGACGCUUUCACCAUCCCCGGGCACCUGUGGCACGGCGGCGGCGGGGCGGCGGCUGCGGGAGGCGGAGGAGGCGGCGGCGGCGGCGGCAGGAGGGCGAGCGUCACCAAGAAAGCGCUAACUUCGAAGUGACCCACGCCUCAUUUGCAUAUCGGAAUGUCGUGACCCUGAUGAGGACCCCCCCUCCGCCCCCCUCCCUCCCAAAAAAAGUGUUCCAAUGGAUGGAUGGAAGUGUAACAUCCAGUACAGACCGGUUCCUUCUGGGUGGCAUGCUUUUUUGUUUUUUUUUCUUUUUUUUUACACGCCAAUCAAAUCAAUCCUAUAGAUUGGAAAUCAUAACCCGAAAACGCCGUCGACGGUCCUCGGCGGUGCUUUCCGAGGGGCACUUCUUAACUUCCGGGGAAAGAACUCUGUCGAUGAUUAAGGACGGCGGAGGGAGCCCGAGGACAAACCAGCACGGACAAAGACCGGAUCCUGCAUCUUUCGGGGACGUCGGAGCGAGAACACGACUGACUUUGACGCCCCCCCCCCCCCCCCCCCAGUAUGUAAAAUGCUUGGAAAAUAUGAAAUUAAAAGUAAGACAAUUCUGUUUUUGCAACAACAAACGUUUCCCGCUGCUAAUUAGCGAAAAAUGACCCGCCGUCUGACACGUUGAAAGCUAAUUCAGACGGAUUCGAACCCUCGACCUGUGAGGCGGAUGUGCCAAGGAGUUAUUUUUUAUGAUUAUAAUAUCCUUCUUCUGCCUUGAAUCGCAAAUGCUUCCAAGGGCUUAAUGGGAACUAAUGCACGAAUAAAUGGACUAAACACAUAAAUCUAACAACAUCCGUUAAAAAAUAAUCAAUAUUAAAUUCAGCCUCAUAAGUCUAAAGUGCAGUUAAGAACA